AUGGCUCUGUCCCAGUUAGUAGCCCAGGGUACGGCUGACGAAGAAGAAGAUGAACUAACUCUGCCUGUUUAUCACCAACAAGAUGAUUUCCUCUCUCUUGUUCAUGUGGCGUUAAUGAUACGAGCUGAUGUGCGGGAGACCCCAGGUUACAAGGGACUCGACAUAGGCAUGCACGAUGUCGGUGAUUGUGUUCCCGAAAGUCUGCAAAUGUUUCUAAAUCUUUUGUUUGGAGGUGAACGACUUUUAGAUGAGGAAACGAUUAAAGAAAAAGAAAAUGACGUUCGCAGUAAAGCGCUUGCCGUUGCUCAAGAUAUUGUGUACGGGGCAAGCAACGGUAAGAAAUGGACACCUAAGCACAUUGGCUCAACGAAUCUGCGCCUGCAAGGAUUGUUCGCGACAAUAAGGAUGAAGAAUCACUCAUUUCCGUCUUCGAGCAGCAUGAUGUGUUUUCACCAACAUCCCAUCCAGAAUGUCUUUUCAGCAUCGCUAUGAAAGAUUUGGCCACCUUCGAGAUUCAAGAAUCACUGUUAGGCGUGAAAGAUAUGGGACAGAAACAAGUUAAAGACUUUGUACAGCAAAGGUUGACUGAACUACUUCAACAGCAACUUAAUAACGAGCAAGGGGAUACCAAGGUUCAAUUUACGGUUACAAUGCACAAGAACAAUGCUCUUACUUUCGAUUCGUUGUAUCAAGUCGCCAAAGGGGGCAAAGAGAAAGAAAAGAACAGGAUUUUACGUGCUGACAGGAGUGUUUUACAGCGUCUUAUCGUUGGUUAG